ACAACCAAACACAUGUUCUAUAAUACCGACCUCAAGAGAGUCUGAAACGAAUUUAAAUUUUAAGACAAAUAACAAGCGGUUAUGCGUAACACACUUACUCGAGUGCGGCAUGUUCUGGAUGGACCCCCAACUGCAUUUGUUGCGUCUUUGAAAAAAAAUAUUUUGAAAUAAAUGGAAAUUCUUAUUGGAGAUUAUUAAACUGCAAACUAUAUUUAUCCAGGCCAAACAAAACAAAGAUAACACACAACAGCAGUCGUCUUGUCACAGUCGUUUGUUGUGUUAGUACGGUUAGUACACGCUUAGUAAUGUGUAAUGAUUAAUGUGCGACAUUGAAGCAAGAAAAAUUGACUUUGUGAACACGGAAAAACGAGAAAAAAAAAUUAAAAUGAAUUCGAAAGACAAUAAAUACUUGGUGACCGAUGCCAAAGUGAUCAGUAAAAGUACAGCUCAAGCCACUAAUGUGAACAAAUAUCCAUUGAGUUCUGUGUCGAAGACGGUAAACGGUUCCAGUUCGACAAAAGACGCAAGACAAACAUUUUUUUCAUCAUCGACGUCGUCGUCGUCCAGUACAAAAUAUAAAGAGAGCAGCCAGAAAAGCUACACAACAACCACAUCGAAAGUAACAUCAUCAGCAUGGACGACAAGUGCAGCAGUUGCAGCCGAAUCCAAAACGUUCCUCAAAAGCACGACACCUACGUCGAAGUAUCCACCGGUUGAGAACAAAUACAACUCCUACUCGUCAAUCAAUAAAGACGCAUCACUGACACCGGCCAAUUCCAUAUUUUAUUCGUUCGACAAAGUGGGACAACGUCCGUUCGGUGGCGAUGUACCGUCGAGUAAAUAUGUCAGUCCUUACCGAGGACAACCUACACAGUUAAGCCCAUAUACGGCUAAGUCAUCGUCAGAGACCGCUAAGUGGACAGAGGUUAAAACGAAUCCAGCGUUGUAUAAGAAACCGACUGCUACAAUCAAUUCCAUUCAAAAACCAUUAGGAUCGUUACUUUUAACAACAGCAGCUGGUGCAGCUAUUUUGAAAAACGAAAGAGAACCUCAAAUCAAAGCGAACAACAAUAUUACAGUAACCCACUCAUAUGCACAGCCUUCGCUUGUGCAACCUUCACAGACUACAUCUUCGACAAAGAGUUCCUACGCCUCCAUAUUGAGCAAAGCGAAGAAAGGAUAUUUGGUGAUCUACAAUCAGGAAGAGUUCAAAGACAAAACGAUGAACCGACAGGGAAGCAGACGUGAUGAGGAAGCACUGUGUCGUACAUUUUACAACUAUGGAAUGGAUCCGAAUGUUGAGCGUAAUCUAAAGUACAGUGAUUUUCAAAGUCGCGUGUUGAAAUUGAGCAAAAAGGAUUUUAAGAAUUACGGUGUGUUCGUGGCCGUUUUUCUAUCCCACGGCGACAAAGACGAAAUUGUAUAUUCCUAUGACAAACCAUUCAACAUCAAUCACAGCUUCAUUCAUCCAAUUGCACGCAAUCCUACACUAAAUGGCAAACCGAAAAUUUUCAUCAUCGCUGCAUGCAGAGGCGAUCAGAGAAACGUACACCCGGAGGAGAAAAUCUACGAAACGGAUAGUGUUCCGUUUUACGAUGAAGGGAAAAAACCGUACAUGUCCGAGCUGUUAAAGUGUUACAGUACGUACGAAGGAUAUGUGUCAUAUCGUGAUCCCACUAGAGGAACGGUUUUCAUUCAAACACUGUGCGAUGUUUUGGGCAAACAAGGAGACAAGUUAUCGAUUGAGGAUGUUUUGAAAGAAGUGAAUAAAACACUGACCGACGGACCUCAUACAAACAAACAAGUACCGACUGUCGUGUCUACGAUGUCCGAACAUUUUUUCUUCGGAGAUUUAAAGAAAAAGUAGCGAUGCCAAUAAAGGGACGAAGGGACAAUUAUCUAUUCAGAUUUGUCGAUUUUUUACAAUGCAUUUUUCGUAUGCAUAACAUGGAGAAAUUUGUGAAC